ACUCCUAUUAACAACGUUCUCGCUGAGAAAAUCACAGAAAAUUGAUUGAUGAAUCGGGAUAAGUGCAAAUAGGCGGGUCCCUGCUGUAUCGCUAAAAUCGUAUCUCGUGGCCUCCAGAAUCGUCGCUAAUAAUAAUUUCAUUUCGUUCCGACACGCCUCCUAUAUAUAUCGCUGUAUGAAUGAAUGAAAGAUGUUGAUGAGUACCGUUACUCCCACCUAACAACACAGCUAACCACCAUUCAUAGCAUAAGACCGAUCCAAUUAUGGCGGCCGCCGCCGGUUCAUCGGACCCGGAGAAGAACCCUCUCUCCGUUCCCAAGUCUUCCGGCGAAGUGAGUCAACUCCGGGAGCCUCUUAUCAGCUCUGAAGAUUAUUCUCUGCGUGCUGUGAUUGCCCCAUUUCUUUUCCCUGCCUUUGGAGGACUGCUGUAUGGCUACGAUAUCGGUGCCACGUCUAGUGGUACUAUUUCUCUUCAGUCAGAAUCAGUAAGCGGAAUUUCAUGGUACGGUCUGUCUUCUGUGCAAGUUGGUCUCAUAACUAGUGGCUCGCUAUAUGGAGCUUUGAUAGGUUCUCUCCUGGCAUUUAAGAUUGCUGAUUUUCUGGGAAGAAGGAAGGAGUUGUUACUGUCUUCUACACUCUAUCUAAUUGGAGCCCUCAUAACAGCACUAGCACCUAAUUUCGUUGUUAUGGUGAUUGGCCGUUUAAUAUAUGGUAUUGGGAUUGGGCUGGCGAUGCAUGCUGCUCCUAUGUACAUUGCUGAGACUGCUCCGAGUCAUAUACGAGGACAACUAAUUUCAAUGAAAGAGUUUCUUAUAGUUUUUGGAAUGCUUCUAGGCUAUACAGUCGGCAGCCUUCUGAUCAAUACUGUUGCUGGUUGGCGCUACAUGUUUGGAUUUGGUGCCCCUUUGGCUGUAAUUAUGGGAAUCGGGAUGUGGUGGCUUCCUUGUUCACCUCGAUGGAUUCUUUUAUGUGCUUUACAAGGAAAAGGAAACAUGCGGGAAUUAAGAGAGAGCGCCAUUUGUUGUUUGUGUCAGCUGAGAGGUAAAGCUGUUACCGAAUCAGCUGCUGAACAAGUAGAUGACAUGUUAGCUGAGCUUUCGGAUAUCAGUGAAGAAAAUGAUGUCAAACUAGGGGACAUGUUCCAAGGCAAAUGUUUAAAAGCCCUCACCAUUGGUGCUGGCUUAGUUUUGUUUCAGCAGAUAACGGGGCAACCUAGUGUGCUUUACUAUGCUGGAUCAAUAUUUCAGAGUGCAGGGUUCUCAGCAGCAUCUGAUGCAACAAGGGUCUCCAUUCUUCUUGGGUUAUUGAAGUUAUUUAUGACAGGAAUCGCUGUGCUAGUUGUUGAUAAACUUGGGAGACGCCCUUUAUUACUUGGAGGUGUUUCAGGCAUGGUAAUAUCUUUAUUUCUCCUGGGAUCAUAUUACACUUAUCUGGAUAACGCGCCUGCCGUGGCUGUAGGGGGGUUGCUGUUUUAUGUUGGAUGUUAUCAGUUGUCUUUUGGUCCUAUUGGCUGGCUGAUGAUUUCAGAGAUUUUUCCAUUACGCUUGAGGGGACGAGGAUUGAGUAUUGCAGUUCUUGUUAAUUUUGGUGCGAAUGCAGUGGUGACAUUUGCCUUUUCUCCUUUGAAGGAGAUACUUGGAGCUGGAAUUCUGUUCUUCAUCUUUGGAGGGAUAGCUCUUCUGUCUCUUGUUUUCAUAUUCUUCAUUAUACCGGAGACAAAAGGUCUCACUUUGGAAGAGAUAGAGGCCAAAUACCUGUAGGAUUUGUUCAUCAUUACUAUAGCCUAUAGGCAAAGUUCUCAUAUGCUUGAUAAACUUGAAUGAUAGCCCACCACGGAAUGUGAUGUGUCUGUCCUUAUAGAAGCUUAAAUGUUUAAAGUUCCUAAAAAAACCAUGUUGCGACCUUAAUACUCCAUCAUUAGUUGACUGUUUAUAUGCUC